UGUAUUUAUAAGAAACGGGACUGGAGACUUUUCGCUGCAGCUGUCGUUUGACUGUGUUGAAGCUGGAGGUUGUUAUACCAUUUAUUUCAUGCAAUGUCUCUGGACUUGAGUCAGUGGACCGGAUCCCUCGCCCUCAACGAGGUGGAGGAGAAGCCUGCGCAUCCUUUGGUUGUGAAAUAUGACACCGUUGAAAUUGAUGAGCUGGGCAAAGUCCUGACACCCACUCAGGUAAAGAACCGGCCCACGGCAGUCGAAUGGGAGGGUUGCGACCCCAAUAAGCUUUAUACGUUGGCUUUGACCGAUCCGGAUGCCCCUAGCAGAAAAGACCCCAAGUUCCGUGAAUGGCAUCACUUUCUGGUGGUGAACAUGAAAGGAAAUGACAUCGACAGUGGCUGUGUGAUGUCUGACUACGUUGGGUCUGGCCCCCCAAAAGGAACUGGUCUGCAUCGCUACGUGUGGCUCGUGUAUGAACAGCAAAGGCAGGUGUCCUGCGCCGAGCCGGUCCUUACCAACAGAUCCGGAGACCACCGAGGGAAAUUCAAGAUCUCAGAUUUCCGCACCAAGUACAACCUGGGUACCCCGGUAGCUGGGAGCUGCUACCAAGCAGAGUGGGACGAUUAUGUUCCCAAACUGUACCAACAGCUCGCUGGAAAGUAAACCAGCAAAAAACACGCAACUCAUCGUGAAUACUUUAGAAAUCGGAUUUGCUGAAGAAAUGAAACUUUGGAAAAGUGAUGAAGAGCUUUGUUUUGUCUGUGUUCCUUUGUUUUUGAAAGUAACUUGCACCUUAACACCAGGUUAGUAAAUACUGACACAUACUUGACUGGUUGGUUCCAUUGACUGCAAUAAACUGGUUCAACUGAAA